AUGUUCGCGAACGAAGGCGACGGCCAUCCGAUCGGAGGUACAAGCAGCGAGGCUGAUGAAUUGGUCCUCGCCAGGACGCUACCACUCGGUUGGUUUGACGCCUACGUCGAAAGUCGACGUCGCGGCGGCAUCGCUUUACGGCACGGCACGGCACGCAGCUCUGUUUGUACAACGAAGUAUUCAGAAGAGCAGACGUGGCAGAGGACGCAGAUGGCAAACCGCUGCAAAACAGAACACCCACCGAAAGGCUGCAUUUCCGGCGAUAGUUUCCACCAGCCGUUGCGCCAUUCCGCAAAAAGAUUCUCUCACCCUGCACUUGGCUGCAUCACGUGGGUGAUGAGAACCCCCCUCGGUUUGGAAUACUUCGCACACUGCCGCAUUGAUCGUCCCGGAUGA